UAAUUGGGUAACAUGCUGAUUGGACCGGGCGUGUGCGUAUUUUGUCUCCACACCAGACGCGAUCAAAACCAACUUCAUUUGGGUCGGACAGGUCGAAAACUAUUGAAUAAGUCAUUUGGCUACGCAGACGCUCUUUUGAAGUGUGGGUGCAGUGAUUAAAUAACAUGUAAAUGUAUUUUGUAAGGGAAAAGUAAAACGGUGUGGUCAGCAUGCGAGUUAUGACAUCUAAAAUGCUUUGACAAUCACUGUAAGGAUGGAGACUUUAACUCGCCGCUGCCCGUUCCUGUCCCGCGUGCCCCAGACCUUCCUCCAGCAGGCCCGGAAAUCCCUGGUGGUCUAUGCCCAGAAAUGUCCUGUGAUGAUGAACCUGGCCUCUAAGCCUCUGGCCCGCGCUCUCUGCUCCUCCUCAGCUAGCUUCCAGAAGGCUGAGGACAACGUGACUUCAGCCCAGACACCAGGAGCCAAUGGGGGCACUACCACCAAGUUGCCUCAGAGCCACCCAAUGCCCCCCUUUGGCCAGGCCUCUGGGGCCUCCAAGUGCCCCUUCCUGGCGGCUGAGAUGGGCCAGAACAGCGGUGUGGUGCGCCAGGCCAGCCUCCAGCUGCAGGAGGACGUGCAGGAGGUCCGCACCAUCCAGAAAGAUGUGACUCCAGCCCAGGUCCUGGCCAGCUCUUCUGGUGCGGUCAACACCUCCAAUCUGAUGAAGAAGCUGCUGAAGCAACGUCCAACCAGGAUGACCCAACUGCUGCAGGAGAACAUGCCCAGUUUCUCUAACUUCCGCUACGAUGAGUUCUUUGAGAGGAAGAUUGAGGAGAAGAAGAGUGAUCACACUUACCGUGUCUUUAAGACGGUAAACCGGCGAGCCACGGACUUCCCCAUGGGUGACGACUACACCGAUUCCCUUAGCGACAGGAGAGACGUGUCUGUGUGGUGCUCCAAUGACUACCUGGGCAUGAGCAGACACCCGCGGGUCGUCAACUCCAUCACGGAGACGUUGCGUAAGCAUGGCAGUGGGGCUGGAGGAACCAGGAACAUCUCUGGGACCAGUAAGUUCCACGUGGAGCUGGAACAGGAACUAGCAGACCUCCACAGGAAGGACGCUGCGCUCCUCUUCACUUCCUGCUUCGUAGCCAAUGACUCCACCUUGUUCACCCUGGCCAAGAUGAUGCCAGGAUGUGAGAUCUACUCUGAUGCAGGUAAUCACGCCUCCAUGAUCCAAGGCAUCAGGAACAGUGGAGCCAAGAAGUUCAUCUUCCGUCACAAUGACCCCGAACACUUGAGAGAGCUGCUGCUGAAAUCAGACCCCUCCUCUCCGAAGAUCGUGGCCUUCGAGACGGUCCACUCCAUGGAUGGAGCGGUGUGUCCUCUGGAUGAGUUGUGUGAUGUGGCCCAUGAGUUUGGAGCCAUCACGUUUGUUGACGAGGUGCAUGCAGUGGGGCUGUACGGCGCCAGGGGAGGAGGUAUCGGGGAGCGAGACUGCAUCAUGCACAAGAUGGACAUCAUCUCUGGAACACUGGGCAAGGCGUAUGGCUGUGUUGGAGGCUACAUCGCCAGUACCGACGCCCUGGUGGACACGGUGCGUAGUUACGCUGCAGGCUUCAUAUUCACCACGUCUCUGCCCCCCAUGCUGCUGGCGGGCGCCCGCGAGUCCAUCCAGACCCUUAAAGGGGAGGAGGGCCGCGCCCUCCGGAGGAAACACCAGCGCAACGUCAAGCUGCUGAGACAGAUGCUCAUGGACUCCGGACUGCCCGUCGUCCACUGUCCCUCUCACAUCAUCCCUGUCAGGGUGUCCGACGCGGAGAAGAACACGGAGAUCUCUGACAUCAUGAUGAGUCGUUACAACAUCUACGUCCAGGCCAUCAACUAUCCCACGGUCGCCAGGGGGGAGGAGCUGCUUCGCAUCGCCCCCACGCCACACCACACCCCUCAGAUGAUGAGCUAUUUUGUUGAGAAGUUGGUUCAGACGUGGAAGGAGUCCGGUCUACCUCUGAAGUCCCGAUCUUCGGCAGGGUGUAACUUCUGUCGGCAGCCGCUGCACUUUGAGCUGAUGACUGAGGGAGAACAGUCUUACUUCAGAGGCCUGAGCCACCCCAUCUCGGCUCACGCAUGAUGACACCUGGGAAUACACGACACCCCAUUCCUCCGUCACGGUCACUGGCACCUUUUUUAUUACCUUGCUAGUGCGCUAUUUUAUCCACCACGGGGUCGUAGUAGGGCUCUCGUCUAAAGUAGCACACUAGCAAGGGAAGAGGGUACCGUUUGUGACAUCAUAGACUGUAUAUUUGUAUUUUAUAAGUGUCAUAACUUAUUAUUGAGUAUUCCAUGGGCACUAGAUUGUCAAAAUAAAUAUAACUUUAAUGUU